GGCUACUGUCUGUGCUGAGUAUCACAUGUUCUUCUUGUGUUCGCGUAGGUUUGCUCCAGGAUUUCAGGUUUCCUACUAUCCAAAAACAUGCAGAUUCUUACAGCUUCAAAUGCAUCAUCCUACUCCCCGGUUUUCCAUGUCGGCCAGCUGACGGAAUCCCGACUUCCUCUCGCGCUUUGUGAGGUUGGCUGGUCUUCUGGAGAAGCCGUCGAGCACUGGAUUUCGGCCAACAUGGCGCAAACCAACAGCGUGAGCCAGAACAGCAACGGAGAGAUGGACGACUCUCCCAACACGCUGGUCUAUAGAAAGAUGGAAGACCUGAUAGCCCGGAUGCAGGACGAGAAAAACGGCAUCCCGAUCCGCACUGUGAAGAGUUUUCUCUCCAAAAUUCCCAGUGUGUUCUCCGGUUCGGAUAUCGUGCAGUGGUUGGUGAAGAACUUGAGCAUUGAGGAUCCAGUCGAGGCUCUGCACCUGGGCACUCUGAUGGCAGCACACGGUUAUUUCUUCCCCAUCUCAGACCACGUGCUUACUCUCAAAGACGACGGAACCUUCUACAGAUUCCAGACUCCAUAUUUCUGGCCUUCAAACUGCUGGGAGCCAGAGAACACAGACUACGCUGUGUACCUCUGCAAACGAACGAUGCAAAACAAAGCUCGUCUGGAGCUGGCCGACUACGAGGCAGAGAGUUUAGCGCGGCUCCAGCGUGCCUUCGCCAGGAAAUGGGAGUUCAUCUUUAUGCAAGCAGAAGCACAAGCUAAAGUCGAUAAGAAGAGGGACAAAAUCGAAAGGAAAAUCCUUGACAGUCAGGAGAGAGCAUUCUGGGACGUGCACAGACCGGUGCCAGGGUGUGUCAACACGACAGAAGUGGACAUCAAAAAGUCCUCCAGAAUGAAGAAUCCUCACAAAACAAGAAAGUCUGUAUACGGCCUUCAGAACGAUAUCCGCAGUCAUAGCCCCACCCACACGCCCGCCCCCGAGGCCAAGCAGCCAACCGUGGAGGAGCUUCAGGAACAGAUCAAAUUCUGGCAGGCACAGUUAGACAGACAUCGAUUGAAGAUGUCCAAAGUUGCAGAGGGCUUAUUAGGCUAUACAGAACAGUAUGCAGAUUACGAUCCUUUCCUUACGACUCCUGACCCCUCAAACCCGUGGAUAACGGAUGACACGACCUUCUGGGAGCUGGAGGCGAGUAAGGAGCCGACGCAGAGCAGGGUGAAGCGUUGGGGUUUUAGGAUGGAUGAGGUGCUGAAAGAUCCUGCAGGGAGAGAGCAGUUCCUCAAAUUCCUCGAGUCCGAGUUCAGCUCAGAAAACCUCAGGUUCUGGUUGGCUGUGCAGGAGCUGAAAAAGAGGCCCAUUAGGGAGGUGCCGUCUCGCGUGCAGGAGAUUUGGCAAGAGUUUUUGGCUUCCGGAGCGCCCAGCGCCAUCAACGUGGAUUCCAAGAGCUACGGCAAAACCACGCAGAACAUCAAGGACCCCGGGCGCUACGCUUUUGAAGACGCGCAGGAACACAUCUAUAAGCUAAUGAAGAGUGACUCGUACAGCCGUUUCAUCAGAUCCAGUGCCUACCAGGAGCUCCUGCAGGCCAAAAAGAAGAAAAGUAAGAACUUGUUUUGAAGGACAGCAAUGCUUCCAGGGGAAAUCUCUGGUGUCUAAGAGACUGCCUGCCAUCUGAGCCUCGGCGAACCAACCUGGGACGAGGACUCUGCCUCUUCAUCCCUGCCGUUUGAUUGGUGCGGACACCAAUGAGUUGUUGGCCAAUCACGUGCAUGUUCAACGGACUGAGUUUUUACAUCACUCUUAACUUGCUUUGGUUUGUGCCUCGUACAAGGGGCGCACAAAACCGGAAUGGCUUCCAUAGGACACUUGCGGAAAAGGAAGGAUGCCUCGAAUAAGAGGAACGAUGUCCAAGUUGUCUUCAUUUCUUUGCCCACAUGUAAACUAUGAAAAAUGAUGUCAGAUGCAAAAAUAAAUAAAUAAAUGAACGAAUGAAUAAAUAAAUAAAUAAAUAAAUA